ACCAAUAGUUGGCUGGCUAGGGCACCGUGGCAUAUAUAAAAAGCGCAUUCUUUUUCAUUAGCUUAGUCUUAGCGCCCACAUAUCUCUCUCUAGCGGCAUAAACCCUAGCUGGUACUCACAGCCGGCGACUCCGAACGCCUCAGAUCUCCUUCGCAACCAUGACUUUCAAGCGCAGGAAUGGUGGUCGCAACAAACACGGCCGCGGUCACGUCAAGUUCAUCCGCUGCUCCAACUGCGGCAAAUGCUGCCCCAAGGACAAGGCUAUCAAGAGAUUUCUUGUGAGGAACAUUGUCGAGCAAGCUGCAGUUAGGGAUGUUCAAGAAGCUUGCGUCUAUGACCAGUAUGUUCUUCCAAAGCUGUAUGCAAAGAUGCAGUACUGUGUUUCCUGUGCUAUUCACUCACAUGUUGUGAGGGUUCGCUCUCGCACUGAUAGGAGGAAGCGUGACCCACCACAGCGUUUCCUCAGGCGUAGGGAUGAUCAGCCAAGGCCUGGUCAGCCUGGUCAAGCACCCCGCCCUGCUGGAGCUGGGAAUCCUGCCCGAACAUAAAAAGCUGUUAAGCUUAUCACAUAUGCAGUCAUUGCUGUCCCUGGACCUUUCAGUUUUGUCUAGGAAAUCUUAAUGGUUUAAUUUACUGUUUUCUUUAUGGAUGUUUGAUUCGAUGAGUAUGAAACCUGGCAAUCCAUGAAUUUAAUUUUCAAAACAUGAUUAUGUACUUAA